AUGAGUAGACAGCAACGUCAACCACAAAAUGAAAUGGUUUCUUGGUAUAAAGAUAUGCCAAUUUGUACAAGAUUUUUAUUUACAAGUUUUAUUUUAGUAACAGUACUUGGUAAUACGGUAAUAAGACCACAUUAUCUUGUUCACAUACCUCAAUUCACGUUUUAUAAAUUACAGAUAUGGAGACUUUACACUUCAUUUUUCCUCUAUGGACUUAGUUUGAGUGGAGCUUUUCAAUUAUAUUUUUUAUAUACAUAUUCUAGAGAUGUAGAAAUUGACAAAUUUUUAGGGAGAACAGCAGAUUAUAUAGUAGGAUGGUUUUUUGGAUUUUCAUUAUUUAACCAAAGUUUAGUAAUGGCUAUUAUAUAUAUAUGGUCACAACAUCACAGAGAAGCAAUAGUAAAUUUUAUGUUUGGUAUAAGAUUUAAGGGAGUAUAUUUACCAUUUGUAUUAUUAAUAUUUGAAAUGUUACAAGUGGGAGGAAUUCCGUGGGCAUCAUUAAUAGGAGUAUUUACGGGUCAUAUAUAUCAUUAUUUACAAGAAAUAUAUCCUGCAACUGGCGGUAGAAGAUUUUUAAAUACGCCACAAUGGUUAUAUUAUUGGUUCCCUACAAAUAUCUCGUCUGCUAGUGGUAUUCGAACUUCGUUCGGUACCAUUUUAAAUCCUGGCAGGAAUGCACCGCGAACUGAGAGUACUUCAAGAAAUUGGGGUAGAGGUUAUAGAUUAGGAUAA